GCGUCAUCCCUCUAAGAGAAACAUGGCUGACAGACCCACAUCAGCGCCUCAGCGGCCCAAAAAGCUCCAGUCAGCUUGCUCUCAGAAGCCUCCAAUGUCCAGACUUGUGAACCGACCUGCUUCCGCUCCACAAAAGAAACCGCCUUCAAUGGACCUGCUGGCUAAAGAAGAAGAAUACAAACGGCUAAAUGCAGAACUGGAGGCGAAAACAGCUGAUCUGGUGCGGCAGGCAGAGGAAGUUAUGAGGGAACAAAAUGAAGUACUCUCCAAGCCCAUCUCUACCCACCUGAGCCUCAGCAUUUCAGAAGAUUAUGAGGAUUUAGGAGAUGCCAUGUCCUCAGUGAAGCAACCUACGGCAAAGGUAGUCACAGAGAAAAAGUCUUUGAAACCUGGAAGGCCAAACAGACCUCCUUCAGGCCACAAAAAGACUGCACAAAAAAUGAAACCUGCUGUGGUCGAUGAUGUAGCGGUACCUGAAGAUUUUGGGGACUUCUCUCUGGCCAAAACAAUAAGCAACAUUGAGGGCAGAGUGAGUGACGAUGUAACAGACGAAAAUCUGGAGGAUGACAUCAUGCCAAGUGUUGGGGAGGAGAUGAGUGCAGAGGCUCAGAUUCGCUUCUUGAAAGCUAAACUUCGAGUGAUGCAAGAGGAGUUAAACAGGCUUUCAAAUGAAUGCAACAAGAGGGACGAUGAGAAUGGAGUGUUAAGCAGUAAGCUGAAGGAGGUGGAGGAGGACCGGGCCAGACUGCAGAGAACCACCAGCAUGCAGCAGACUCAGUUAGAGAAGCACAGAGCACUGGCUGAAGAGGCCAACAAAAAUUGUGACGGCCUGCGGCAGCAAGUGACCACAUUGCAGAAGGAGCUGGAGGGCAUGAAGAGGGCGCAGAAGCAGGCGGCCAGUGCCCACAGCGCUACUGAAGUGAGGCUGAACAGGGCUCUGGAGGAGGCGGAGAGGAGCAAGGCUCAACUUAGCAAGCUGAAACAGAGCAGUAAGGACUCUGCAAACCAGGAGCAGCAGAGAAUUGAAGCAUUGCAAGCUGAGAACAAAAAGCUGGAGAAACAGAAGGCUGAACUUAUCAUGGGCUUUAAGAAGCAACUUAAACUAAUCGAUAUUUUGAAAAGGCAAAAGAUGCACUUUGAAGCAGCCAAGAUGUUGUCCUUUACAGAAGAGGAGUUUAUGAAAGCACUGGACUGGGGCAAACCAUAAACAUAUUCAAAAGAACAAGGUUCAUACAUUUCGGAUAAAUUAGUCAAAUAAUAUAAUUGGUUUAAUUGUCAAGAACUCAGGAAACAGUUUUUCAUUGUUGUAUCAAUGCUCAAAUAACUGCACUCUAUAUGCUUGUAAUUAGCCAAAUUAGCAUAUUUAAAAAAAACCUAUGGUUUCUUCUUUUUUAUUGGUUUUAUUUUUAAUUUUGAAAUUGUAUACAAUUACAAGAAAUGGUUGGUCAUGAGUGGCCCUGUCAACUAUUACUUUACUGCACUCUAGAGGAUACAUUUGGGCACUGUACCCUCAAGUUUUUUCAUUCUUCUA